AAAUUGAUUGACAAGUCUUCGAUCUUGGAGCUUCAUCAUCAGUUCACAAACAUACACAAUCGUUAUACUUUGCUUUGAAACUUAGUUAGUUUUUGUUUGAACAUGAGCUGGGAUAGUCAGGCCAGGCCGCCAGGCCAGCCUGGUGCAGGAAUGAUGACUGGCCAGAGGUCAGGUGGACCGAUGCAAGGUCACUCGGGAUUUGCUGGACCACCGAUGCAAGGCGCUCCACCAUCCAUGCCACAUCAGAACAUGGUUGGUCCACCAAUGCAAGCUGGUCCUCCUGCAGCAGGGCAUGCUGCCAUGCCAGGUCAGCCUGGUGGACCUGCGGGUAUGCAAGGACACCCAGGUGCUGGCCAAGGUCAGCAUCAGCAGCCACCGAACAUGAUGCCCCCAUCAAGUCCUGCUGGUCCUCGCCCGAUGCAAGGCCAAAUGGCAGGUCCUCCGGGUGCAGGGUCAAUGGCAGGUCCUGGAGCUGGUCGCAUGGCAGGUCCAGGUGCUGGUCAAAUGGCAGGUCCUGGUGCUGGUCAAAUGGCAGGUCCUGGUGCUGGUCAAAUGGCAGGUCCUGGUGCUGGUCAAAUGGGUCAAAUGGCAGGUCCCAGACCUGGAUCAGCUCCUUCACAGCAACCACCUGGUGGGCCAAUGCAGAGUCAACCUGGAUUUGCUGGACCUCCGAUGCAAGGUGUCCCACCAUCAAUGCCACAUCAGAACAUGGCUGGUCCACCAAUGCAUGCUGGCCCUCCUGCGGCAGGGCAUGCUGCCAUGCAAGGUCAGCCUGGUGGACCCAACAGUGCGCAAGGACAUCCAAGUAUGGGCCCUGGCCCAGGACAGCAGCAGCCACCAAACAUGAUGCCGCCGUCAAGUCAUGCUGGCCCUCCACCAAUGCAAGGCCAUCCCGGUGCUGGUCAGAUGGCGGGUCCUCCUGGUGUGGGUCCCGGAGCUGGUCACAUGGCAGGCCCUCCUCCAAUGGGAGGUGCCGUUCAAAUGGCAGGUCCUGGAGCUGGUCAAAUGGCAGGUCCUGGGGCUGGUCAAAUGGCAGGUCCUGGGGCUGGUCAAAUGGCAGGUCCUGGGGCUGGUCAGAUGGCUGGUCCCGGAGCUGGUCAAAUGGCUGGUCCCGGCGCUGGACAGAUGGCAGGACCUGGAGCUGGUCCGGCUGCUCCUCAGCAGCGCAUCUCACCUGAAUCCACACCUCAUCCGUUGGCAGUAUGGCAGGCUGAUUCUGACCUGUAUACUGGGAAAACCUUCUACACCAAUACACCCAGCAUGGUUCCGCCGCUCCCGAUGACGUCAUGCCAUAUCGUUGAUCAAGGAAACUGUAGUUCUCGGUUCAUGCGCUCCACCCUCUAUAAUGUGCCGGUUGCUCAAGAGAUUCUGCACAACUGCAAUAUUCCUCUUGGCCUCAGCAUUCAGCCAUUUGCCAAGGUUCCCCAGAGAGAGAACACAAUAUAUGUGGUCAACAACGGAGACACUGGUCCAGUAAGAUGUCGGCGUUGUAAAGGAUACAUCAACCCGCAUGUCAGCUUUGUCGAUGGUGGUCGCAAGUUUGUUUGCAACCUUUGCAACUUUGCGAAUGAAGUACCCGACCACUAUCAGUGCCAGCUGGAUCAGCAUGGCCGUCGUCUUGAUGCUAGCGAACGCCCAGAGUUGUCCUACGGUAGCGUGGAGUUCCUGGCGACUACUGACUAUUGCAAGGAAAGUAAAUGGCCAGAGCCACCAGCAUACAUCUUCCUCAUUGAAGUAACGUAUCAGAGUGUCAGCUCGGGCCUUCUCAACUUGCUUAGCCGCAUGCUCCGACUUAUCUUCGAUGAGCUUCCCAAGGAUACUGGUGAGCAGAAAUCAAAAGUCCGUAUUGGUCUGGCAACUUUUGAUAACACCGUGCACUUCUACAACCUUAAGGCAUCCCUAGCGCAACCGCAAAUGAUGGUUGUGGCUGACGUCAAUGAUGUUUUUCUGCCCUUGCUGGAUGGGUUCCUUGUCGAUGUGGAAGAGUCGAGCUCUUUGAUCGAGGCCGUACUCCAAGAGCUGCCUAACAUGUACAGAGAGACACGUGAGACAACGUCUUGCCUGGGCCCAGCAGUACAGGCUGGUUUGGAGGCACUCAAGGCAGCAGGAUGUGCUGGAAAGUUGUUUGUGUUCAGCUCAUCUAUGCCGAAGGGUGACAUGCCUGGUAUGCUAAAGAACCGAGAGGAUCGCGCUCUGUUCAGAACGGACAAAGAGAAGAAUCUCUAUGCCCCGCAGAACCCGUUCUACCCCGACCUAGGUGCAAACUGUGUCAAGCAGGGCGCCUGCAUAGAAAUGUUCAACUGCUCGACGGCGAGCUUUGUCGACAUUGCCACAAUGUCCAGUAUGGUGUCCGCCACCGGUGGCGAAAUCCACCUCUACCCCUACUUCAAUAUUCAAACAGAUGGCGAGCGCUUGGUGAAGGACCUUGCUCACUCUGUGGGACGGCAGACCGGUUUCGAUGCUGUAAUGCGUGUCCGUUGCAGCUCAGGCCUGCGCGCAACUGAUUUCUGGGGCAAUCUGCACAUGAACAACACGACAGACGUGCUUCUCGCUGGUGUGGACUGUGAUAAGGCCAUCUCUGUGGAAGUGAAGUAUGAUGACAAGCUAGGUGAAGAAGGAGCACAAGCUUACUAUCAGGUUGCUCUCUUGUACACGUCUGUGGGUGGCCAGCGUCGUCUUCGGCUUCACAACCUGGCCGUGAGCUGCACAAAGCAGCUAGCUGAGGUCUACCGGUGUGCUGAUAUGGACACCAUCAUGAAUAUGUUCCUCAAGAAAGCCGUACGUAAACUGCAAGACACGCCAUACAAGAGUAUCCGAGGUCAUUUACUAGAGCAGAGCAUUGCCUUGCUGGCGUGUUACCGCAAGGAAUGCUCCGAGCCGGCAUCGGGUGCUCGGCUGAUAUUGCCCGAAGCGCUGAAACUGCUGCCACUCUACGUAUGCUCCCUAAUCAAGUGCGAGGCCGUCUGUGCGCAGUCAGACAGUCGCAUUGACGACAAGGCAUGGCUGAUGCACCAGGUGACGUGUAUGCCUGUCACCGCCUCUGUACCUUACCUCUACCCAACUGUCAUGCCCGUGCACACUGCCCGACCUGAUGACAAAGGCCUUCCGGCACCGAUUCGCUGUUAUUACGAAGCACUUCAGCAGGAGGGCAUUUAUCUCCUGGAGAAUGGCUUUGUGCUUAUCCUGUGGCUGGGCCGAUUCACACAUCCAGCUUGGGUGAAGGAUGUGUUUGGUGUGCACAGCUUGGCUGAGAUUGACACUGAAAAGUUUGGCAAACUUCAAGUAUUCGACAAUCCAACAUCCACUCGACUGCGUGCCAUUGUGGCACAGCUUCUCGCGCGCCGUAGCCAUUGCAUGAAGAUGGUUGUCGUGUUGCAAGGAUCACAGAAGGAAGCCCUUCUUCGGCGACACCUGUGUGAAGAUGGUGGUGGUGAGGGUACACCUUCCUACAUGGACCUGCUAUGCCAUAUUCACAAAGAGAUCCGCAAUGCUCUGGCAUAAAGCUUAGCUUCAUUUGCUCUUGCCUCAGUUAAGCUAUCACCGCUAUUGCCUUUUCAUUCUGCUGUCUGUAAGAUAUAUCGCUCUAUUUUCUAACUAUGCUGUGGCAAGUUGUCUCAGUUUUUAUUUGUAUCCUUUUUUUAUGUUUGACGCAUAAAUUUACCAAUGCAUAAAUUCGUUGACUUCCCGAAUUUAUAUUGAUUGUUUGCACCUAUCUCUGUCCUUACCGCCAACCAGCCUCUAACUAAUUAAUCAUCAUCUCGCCUUGCAAAUUCUCUUGUGCCUCGUUCGUUAUGUGCUAUUUGGUCAACAUUAUCCUUCGUUUUUAGUCAUCAGCGUUUUGCAUUGAGUGCAUCCUCUGCACUUUAAUUUACCCAUAUGUAUUAUGUCGUUUUAUCGCCACCACCGCUACCACACCACUGCUACCCUCCGCUGUCCUAGAGCUGCUGCCUUUCUAGAAUUUAUAUAUAUAGUAGCAGCACAAGCUAUGCUGAAUUUUCUUUAAAUUUAUUGUACAAAAUUGGUAUGGAUUUUUGACAUGUUUAAUUUAACCAGCCGUGUGGAGUUUCAAUCAGGAUGAUCAAGCUAAUCCACCAUUUUUGUUUUGUGUUUCGGUGUUUCAAAAGCAAAUGUUGGUGUUUUGCUGGUAGCACAAUAAAUACUCCGCUGGUCCAGCAAGGCCAAUUCAAUUGGGGAAAAA